AUGCAUUAAUUGGUCAAAACAGGGAAAUCCAAAAGCUUUAAAGAUUAUUCCAUCUUAAAAAAAGCCUCUUCCACUUCUAAAAUUAUUGAAUAAGGCCAGAGUGCAUUUCUCAAACAACAAAGUUUCGAAGUUAGAACAUCAAGGAAAAAAAGUUCAAUACUUUUGAAGGAUAUUAUUGAUUAAUCGAUAUUAAUUGAAAAUAUUAAAAGUAUUCAAAAUCCAAAUUUACACUUAGGAAUGAAUUUAUUAUAAUUAAAAAUUUGGGAAAGAAUCUAAAAAUGUAACUAAUAACAAAUAGAUGAAUACAGCAAUGUAGCAAUCAUAGUUUUGAAACCAGAUUACGAAUAUGAGUUCAACUUUUCAAUCUCUAAGUUUUCAUGUUUCAAUACCAUCAAACAAUUAUCUGAGUAUUUGGCAAAAUAAUUUCAUGAUCUUACAAAAAACAAAUUAGAUGAACCUUACCUAUCCAUGCUUAUUGGUAAAAUAAAAACUCAAAGGUUAGAUGGAGAUAUGAGAUUAUUUGAAUUACUUAACAUCAUUAUGAAUGGUAGAAAACUAUUAGUUCUUUAAAGUUAAAUCUAAUGA